AUGGACGAUGCCGCGGUCCUAAGGAAGAAGGGUUACAUCGUGGGAAUCAAUCUGGGCAAGGGCUCCUACGCCAAAGUCAAAUCCGCCUACUCAGAGCGCCUCAAGUUCAACGUGGCGGUCAAGAUCAUAGACCGCAAGAAAACACCCACGGACUUUGUGGAGAGAUUCCUUCCUAGGGAGAUGGACAUCCUGGCGACCGUCAACCACCGUUCCAUCAUCAAGACCUACGAGAUCUUUGAGACCUCUGAUGGACGCAUCUACAUUGUCAUGGAGCUGGGCGUCCAGGGCGACCUCCUCGAGUUCAUCAAGUGCCGAGGAGCCCUGCAUGAGGACGUGGCACGCAAGAUGUUCCGCCAGCUCUCCUCAGCUGUCAAGUACUGCCACGACCUGGAUGUCGUCCACCGAGACCUCAAGUGUGAGAACCUUCUGCUCGACAAGGACUUCAACAUCAAGCUGUCUGACUUCGGCUUCUCCAAGCGCUGCCUGCGGGACGGGAGCGGGCGCAUUGUCCUCAGCAAAACCUUCUGUGGGUCAGCAGCUUAUGCGGCCCCCGAGGUGCUGCAGGGCAUCCCCUACCAGCCCAAGGUGUAUGACAUCUGGAGCCUGGGUGUGAUCCUCUACAUCAUGGUCUGUGGCUCCAUGCCCUACGAUGACUCCGACAUCAAAAAGAUGCUGCGCAUCCAGAAGGAGCACCGAGUGGACUUCCCACGCUCCAAGAAUCUAACUGGUGAGUGCAAGGACCUCAUCUACCGCAUCCUACAGCCAGAUGUCAACCGGCGGCUGCACAUUGAUGAGAUCCUCAGCCACUCGUGGCUACAGCCCCCCAAGCCCAAAGCCAUGUCUUCUGCCUCCUUCAAGAGGGAGGGGGAAGGCAAGUAUCGAGCUGAUUGCAAACUGGAUACUCGACCAGGCUCCAGACCCGAACACCGGCCUGACCACAAACUGGGGACCAAACCCCAGCACCGGCUGCUGGUGGCACCCGAGAAUGAAGACAGGAUGGAGGACAGGCUGGCUGACAAUUCCAGAGCUAAAGACCAUCACAUCUCUGGAGCUGAGGUGGGGAAAGCAAGUACCUAA